UUCACACAUUAGCAUGAUUAGUUUUAAAAUGGCGCACAUUGUUUACAACGAAUACAGCAAGAGACUAACAUUCAAGAAGGUAAAACAACAAACUCUUUGGACAUUAACCAUCGUCUUGUGUAUAGCCUCACCAGCAUCCAUAGGCCUGUCACUUGUCUUAGAUUCUUCCAGCAGCCCGAUAGCAAAGCACUCUGAUGCUUGGUCCAUUAUGUGGGACAAACAGAGAGGGAAUAUUUCUAACUGGCAGAAAAAUAACAUACCAAGAAAUAAUGGGACCAGACAAUGUACAUCAAAAACUUGGAUACUAACUAGCCCAAAAGCAUUUCAGAAUUACUCCCUUGAAUUCUGAAUCUAUCAUAUGAAUUAAAAUAAUAAUAAUAAUAAUAAGAAGAAGGAAGCAGAAAAGAUCUUGAAAUACAAGGACCUUCUCAUAGAAAUACAGAGAAUGUGGAAAGUUCAAGCAAAAGUAAUCCCAAUA